AUGUUUAGGAUGCUGAAACACCACCUCCACCCGGGCAUUUUUCUCUUCUUCAUAUGGCUUUGUCACCUCAUGGAACAUCAAAAAGUUCAAGCUGGGAACUGCUGGUUGCAGCAGGGGAAGAACGGGAGAUGCCAGGUGCUGUACAUGCCCGGUAUGAGCAGGGAGGAGUGCUGCCGGAGCGGAAGACUGGGGACGUCCUGGACCGAGGAGGACGUCCCUAACAGCACGCUCUUUAGGUGGAUGAUCUUCAAUGGCGGAGCCCCCAAUUGCAUACCUUGCAAAGAAACCUGCGAUAAUGUGGACUGUGGGCCUGGGAAGAGGUGCAAGAUGAACAGAAGAAGCAAGCCGCGCUGCGUGUGCGCACCAGACUGCUCCAACAUCACUUGGAAGGGACCGGUCUGCGGCUCGGAUGGAAAGACCUACAAGGACGAAUGCGCACUGCUGAAGGCGAAAUGCAAAGGCCACCCUGAUCUGGACGUGCAGUACCAGGGAAAGUGCAAGAAAACGUGCCGUGACGUCUUGUGCCCCGGCAGCUCCACGUGCGUCGUGGACCAGACAAAUAAUGCGUAUUGUGUGACGUGUAAUCGGAUUUGCCCCGAGGUGACGUCGCCUGACCAGUACCUGUGUGGAAACGACGGGAUCAUCUAUGCCAGCGCCUGUCACCUGAGAAGAGCCACCUGCCUCCUGGGCAGAUCCAUCGGAGUGGCGUACGAGGGCAAAUGCAUCAAGGCUAAGUCGUGCGAGGACAUCCAGUGCAGCGCGGGGAAGAAGUGUCUGUGGGACGCUCGGAUGAGCCGGGGCCGCUGCUCACUGUGUGACGAGACCUGUCCGGAGAGCCGGACGGAGGAGGCGGUGUGUGCCAGCGACAACACCACAUAUCCCAGUGAAUGUGCCAUGAAGCAGGCUGCUUGCUCUAUGGGGGUGCUGCUUGAGGUCAAGCACUCUGGAUCUUGCAACUCCAUCACAGAAGACCAGGAGGAGGAUGAGGAAGAUGAGGACUCAGACUACAUGGCCUAUGUCCAUUUAUCUUCUAUACUGGAUGGAUAG